AUGACGGGGGUGGACGGCAUGUCCAACGAGUCGCCGCUUCUCGAGACUAGUUUUGGUCGGGCAGAAGAGCCCUCGGCCGGGAAGCUUGGGUUGUUUGAGGUGCUUUUCGAAAUCUCGUCCGACGCCCACCAUGUUGCUCCUGAAGAAUUGGCCCAGAAAGCCAAUUGCAAGCCGAGAUACGUGCGCGAGUGGUGCGCUUGCUUGGCGUGCGCCGGAAUUUUCCAGGUUGAUGACGAGGAGAAAUAUUGGCUGACCGAGGACCAGAAGAAGAGCCUGCUCAACUCUUCGUGGAUCGCCAACAUGGCGUUCGUGCCGCUGUUCGCCGACGUCAGGGAGCAGCUCGAGGAGGCGUUCAGGGCGGACAACCCGCGCCUUGGGAUGGACUACGCAAACUAUCAGCAAUUCUACUCGCUGAUGGCCGCGUGUAGUCAAACCCGGCACCGCGAGUAUUUGAUUCCAAAAGUCGUGCCGGACCUCGGGCACGGAAUCGCCGUAAUUUUGACGCUGGCAGAG